AUGGUACAUGGGCACAGCUUCCAUCACGUUGUUGCAAGUCUUCUCAUACUUGGGUUGUCUGGGGCAACAAAGAAGGAUACAGCAGUGAAAAACAAUUCUGGAGUGAAGCCUGCAGGUCAAUGUGGAACGUGGGUGAAAGAACCAGAAGGAGGGCUCUUCACUUCUCCCAAUUACCCAAACAAAUACCCCCCAGACACAGAGUGUGUUUACAUCCUUGAAGCCCCCCCAAGGCAGUGUAUCGAUCUGCAUUUUGAGGAGAAUUAUUCAAUCGAGUCCUCUUGGGAAUGUAAGUUUGACAACAUCGAGGUUCGGGAUGGACCAUUUGGCUUCUCCCCGAUGCUCGGACGGUACUGCGGUCAGCACAGCCCGCCUGAUAUCAGGAGUAGCGGCCGAUAUCUGUGGAUAAAAUUUGUAACGGAUGGUGAACUGGAAGCGGUGGGAUUUUCAGCAAGUUACAACUUCACUGCAGAUCCGGACUUUGCAGACUUGGGAGUACCCCCACCUCUGCCCUCCUGUCAGUAUGACAUGGUUGGUCCAGAAGGUAUCGUUGAGUCUCAUCAGAUCACCAGAGACGGGAAGGCUGGCGCCGCCGAGGCCGUGGACUGUAAAUGGUACAUCCGCGCUCCGCCGCGCUCCAAGAUCUACCUGCGUUUUCUCGACUAUGAGAUGGCCAAUUCCAAUGAAUGCAAGCGCAACUUUGUGGCAGUGUAUGAUGGCGGCAGUUCGGUGGAAGACCUGAAGAGCAAGUUCUGCUCCACGGUGGCCAAUGACAUCAUGCUGGUUUCCACACUGGGUGUCAUCCGCAUGUGGGCGGACGAGGCCAGCCGCAAAAGUCGCUUCCGCAUCCUUUUCACAACCUACCAAGAACCUCCAUGUGAUGCAGAUGCCUUCUUCUGUCACAGUAACAUGUGCAUAAACAACACGCUGGUGUGUAAUGGUAUGCAGAACUGUGUCUACCCCUGGGAUGAGAACCAGUGUAAAGAAAAAAGGAAAGCCAACAUCCUGGACAACCUGAACAACACAAACGGGACCAUAAUUGGUGUCACCUGUUGCAUCGUCCUCAUCCUCCUCAUCGUCUCUGUUAUUGUCCAGAUCAAGCAGCCACGUAAAAAGUACAUCCUCCGGCGUGAGGACUUUGACCCCACCAUGUUCCAGGAGGUUUUCGAGCCACCUCACUAUGAGCUGUGUACUUUACGGAGUGCCACCACAGCUGCAGCGGCCUCAGCAGACUUAGUCGACCUGGCGGAAGACUUCGAGAACUACCAUGCCCUUCGCCGUGCCUCCUCACGCUGCGUCCAUGAUCACCACUGUGGGUCCACUUCCAACCCCGGCUCUGCCCACAUAUCCCAGCUGUCACUCAGUGGACGAGGAAGCCGUGGAAACUUGAGCGCUCACGACGGCGCGGCCGCCACUCUGCUCACAGACCUUCCGCAGCCACCCAUGGCAGUGCGGCCCUUGCUGCCGGCCACGGGAAACCGCAGGAGCAUCUUGGUCAUGAAGCACAGCUAUUCGCAAGAGGCAGCGGACAAUGGAUGCGACCUGGACGACGACCUGGAAGAAGUUCCCACCACCAGCCACCGGCUUUCACGCCACGAAAAGGCAGUACAGCGACUUCUUGAGAAUAGUGAAAUCCUGGAUCAGUACGAACGGGCGUCACUGACAUAUGAAAAAGCGGAGCGGAGAUUUACACCAGCAUGA